AUGAACUCCGUCAGCAGCACAGAAGACAUUAAGCCCCCACUAGGGCUCAACGGAGUCCUCAAAGUGCCAGCACAUCCCUCAGGAACGAUGGCCUCCUUCACCAAGCACAUAUGUGCCAUCUGCGGGGACAGAUCUUCAGGAAAGCAUUACGGGGUUUACAGCUGCGAGGGCUGCAAAGGCUUCUUCAAGCGCACGGUGCGGAAGGACCUGACCUACACGUGCCGCGACAACAAGGACUGCCUGAUCGACAAGCGCCAGCGCAACCGCUGCCAGUACUGCCGCUACCAGAAGUGUCUUGCCAUGGGCAUGAAGCGAGAAGGUAAGGCAGAGAGAGCCUGCCCUGGCGCCCAGGGGUGCU